UAAUACAUUUGUAUUGACUAUUGUUUACCACAACAACAGUAUUAUUAUUAUUAUUAUUAUUAUCGAUAUCACUGUUGACCACCUCUUCAGCGACUAAAUCUGUCACCAGUGAUGCCCAUCUGUGACGAUAAUCGUGUGAACAGCAAAAUAGAUUACAAACAGAAGUACAUCCAUCUGAAGAGGAAACUCAAACUAUUGAUUUAUGAGAAUGAGUACUACACAGAAGAGUUGAAUAAAGCUGAGCGACAAUUACUUCAGGUGAGUCGAGACAAAUCAUAUUUGUUGGACCGACUUCUUCAAUACGAGAAGAUCGAGUCGUCCACUUCUGACUCGGAUAAUACUGAGUCCAGUGAUUCAGAGAUUGAAUUGAAAAAAAUGGACACAAAGAAGAAGAAAAUAGAAUCCGUUUCAAAUGAUUCACCAAUUAAUACGAGUUCUUCGAGAAAGAAGAAAACAAAUACUCAACCAUCUUCUUCACGAUCGAGAAGUAGUUCCACUGGAAAGCCAUCGAAAUCACAGUCGAUGGCCAUACAAGUGGAUCAUCCGAUGACUUCUGCAUCUAUUUCAACUGCUACAACACCAUUGUUUAAGAAUGAGAUUACCUCAACCAUUACCUCAUCAAUGAUGACACCAAUGCUGUCAUCGAAAACAUCGGUCAACAGUACAAUUGAUGGUCACAUGACAUCGGAAGAAUUGGAACGUCAUUUAGAGUCGCGAAGACAGCCGUCGGCAAUGCUAAUGCCAGAGAAGACUCCACUGACAGUUCCGGUUGAACUAUUCAGCAAUGAGUCGUCUAAUGGUCUUCCAGAUGAUGACCACAUGAGCUUAAGACUCAUCCAAUGAAUCCAUUAAAUUAUUGAUGAAACGAGUAUUUUUGUCAUAAAUAUAAAAUGUUUAUUCAUAAUGUUU